GCUAUCGAUAAUAGUAUUGAGGGCGUAGUUCCAACAAGUGCAUCUCAAUUUUCUAUUACUAAUCGUAGCUUAAGCGUUGGCUUGGCUCGCCCUAGAAUCUCAAUUUAUGUUUACUUCUUAACUUAAGUGUGUUAUUUAUUUGGUUCGCAAAAAGGGUGUACGUAGGCAGAAGGAUAAAAUGUUCCCGUCGUCGAUUUUGUGGCGCAGCUACCUGCUUUUUAUGCUGGUACUGGCCGUGGGCGUGUUCGCCCAACACGAGUGGCAGGCGCGGGAUGCUUUCGACGAGAUCAAGCGGCAGUUCGACAAAGUGAACGCGGAUAACUGUCCUAUCCAGCACCACUCAGAUCUGUUUAUGCCAAUGGACUCGGUGUCCCACAAACCCGACAUCAAGGAGGUGAACGUUAAUCCGGUGUUUCCCAAUCGUACUGCUCUGCUGCAUCUGCAAAAUAUGGCCCUUAGCAGAAGUUUCUUCUGGAGCUACAUCCUUCAGUCGAGAUUCAUUCGACCCGCUAUAAACGACACCUACGAUCCCGGCAUGAUGUAUUACUUCUUGUCCACCGUCGCUGACGUCUCCGCCAAUCCCCACAUCAACGCCUCGGCUGUGUACUUUUCGCCCAACAGCUCGUAUUCCUCAUCGUAUCGUGGUUUCUUCAACAAGACCUUCCCGAGAUUUGGGCCAAGAACCUUCCGGCUGGACGAUUUUAACGACCCCAUUCACCUGCAGAAGAUAUCUACGAUGAACACCUUUGAUGUUCAGGAUCUCGGUGCCCAUCAUCCCGAUUCUAUAUCCAAGGAUUACACCCACGACCUGUAUAAGAUCAAUGAGUGGUACCGCGCCUGGCUGCCGGACAACGUGGAAGGAAGGCAUGACACAAAGAUCACCUAUCAAGUGGAGAUUCGCUAUGCUAACAACACCAAUGAAACAUUCACCUUUCACGGACCGCCUGGCUCUGAGGAAACCCCAGGACCCAUUAAGUUCACUAGGCCGUACUUCGAUUGUGGCAGGUCCAACAAGUGGCUGGUAGCGGCCGUAGUGCCCAUUGCGGAUAUUUAUCCCCGACACACCCAGUUCCGGCACAUUGAAUAUCCCAAAUACACCGCCGUUUCGGUACUUGAGAUGGAUUUUGAGCGUAUAGACAUCAAUCAGUGUCCAUUGGGCGAAGGCAACAAGGGACCGAAUCACUUUGCUGAUACGGCGCGGUGUAAAAAAGAAACCACAGAGUGCGAGCCACUUCAAGGUUGGGGUUUCAGGCGUGGUGGCUACCAGUGUCGCUGUAAACCGGGCUUCCGGCUGCCUAACGUCGUGCGGCGACCCUAUCUGGGCGAGAUUGUGGAGCGGGCCUCGGCAGAGCAGUACUACAAUGAGUACGACUGCCUUAAAAUUGGCUGGGUCCAGAAGCUUCCCAUUCAGUGGGAGAAGGCCCCCUACCAUAUACGCCAAAAGUACUUGGACCGUCACCAGGAAUAUCGCAACUACACCACCGGCUCAAGGUCUCUUCAUGCGGAGCAUUUAAAUAUUGAUCAGGCGCUGAAGUACAUUCACGGAGUCAACUAUCGCACUUGCAAGAACUUUCAUCCACAGGAUCUGAUUCUGCGCGGCGAUGUCAGCUUUGGCGCCAAGGAGCAGUUCGAAAAUGAAGCCAAGAUGGCCGUGCGACUGGCCAACUUUAUUAGCGCCUUCCUGCAGGUAUCGGAUCCCAACGAAGUCUACUCGGGCAAACGUGUGGCCGACAAGCCGCUGACCGAGGAUCAAAUGAUCGGCGAAACCCUGGCUAUUGUCCUGGGCGACAGCAAGGUUUGGUCGGCCACAAUGCUCUGGGAGCGCAACAAGUUCACCAAUCGCACGUAUUUCGCACCCUAUGCCUACAAAACAGAGCUCAACACGAGGAAGUUUAAGGUGGAGGACCUGGCGCGCCUCAACAAGACAAACGAAAUCUACACAGAGAAGAAGUACUUUAAGUUCCUAAAGCAGCGUUGGAACACCAACUUUGACGACCUGGAAACUUUCUACAUGAAGAUCAAGAUCCGUCACAACGAGACAGGUGAAUACCAGCAGAAGUACGAACAUUACCCCAAUUCGUACAGAGCGGCCAACAUCAAGCACGGCUACUGGACGCAACCACAGUUCGACUGCGAAGGAUACGUGAAGAAGUGGCUGGUGACCUAUGCGGUUCCCUUCUUUGGCUGGGACAGCCUCAAAGUCAAGCUGGAAUUCAAGGGUGUGGUGGCCGUGUCCAUGGAUAUGACCCAGUUGGACAUCAACCAGUGCCCGGACUGGUACUACGAGCCCAAUGCCUUUAAGAACACACACAAGUGCGAUGAGCAAUCGUCCUACUGCGUUCCCAUUUUGGGUCGCGGCUAUGAAACCGGAGGCUACAAGUGUGAGUGCUUGCAGGGAUACGAGUAUCCUUUCGAGGAUCUGAUCACCUACUAUGACGGACAGCUCGUGGAAGCUGAAUAUCAAAAUAUCGUGGCUGAUGUGGAAACCCGCUACGAUAUGUUCAAGUGCCGAUUGGCCGGAGCCUCGGGUCUGCAAUCCGCCGUGGGACUUGUUGUCGCACUGAUCGGGCUCACUCUCACCCUGCUGUAUAGAUUUAGUUAAGCAACCGCACGCCAAAUAACUAACGCAAACUUCCGUCCAAACGAAACUCACAUCAAGUCCCUCCACAAAAGAUAUAAACUACAAAGCAACACAGACACAAAAUUGACACCCAAAAACAAAACGAGCUGCCAGCCCAGCUCUCCGCCGUUGCUCCCUUUGAACAUUGUCAUCAUUUAUCUGCAAGGCGAUUAAGUUGUAGACAUAAUCUAUUACAAUGAAUCUGGUUAUUUGUCAUUUCUAUCAAAGGCAGUAUAGAAGCAAGAAGCAACAGAAGCGGCAGCGGCAGCAUCGGCAGAAAAGCGCAAACAGCCGCGCCUACUGCGCUCAGAUUACGGAAAUGCCGUGUAUAGCUCGCAAUUUUUCUCCUUCGGAGAUCCUCUCUAAUGUCCGUGAAGUCGCACAGCUGUGUGUGAGUGUGUGUGCGGCGAUCGCAAACCUGUUAACAUCGGAACCCAGUUAGGCCCAGUCGUACCUACACCCAUUGCGGAGGUCGUCCAGGUCCAAGCUGAGGGUUGUUUAUGCCGUGCGCACACCUUUUUUCCUACCAACGGAUGGCACAAAAAAUCCAACGCCUGCCGUCGUGUUUUUCUUAUAUUAAAUCGUCGAUGGUCCGUUGGCUGCGAUUUUUUGCCUGAAUUAAAUAUAUAUACAUAUAUAUAUAUGGCGAUGCUGCUUAUGCCGCUGUGGCAUUUUUUCGCUUUUUGUUUUUUGCGCCUUGAUUAUCAUAUGCGCUUGAAUUUUUAUUAUCUGUACCCUGAGAACUUUUUCUAUGCGCCGCAGGAACCAGUUUCUCAGCCACUUGGUCUCCUACCAGGGCAAAAAAGAAAUCUCCAGCUUUUUCAUUAAAAACUUUAUAGCCAUAGGUAGCUGGACAGGGGCACAAAAAAUAUUUUUCACACAUUUUUCAUAGUCAUUUCAGGGCAGCAGCAGCGGUGGGCAGUAACUGUCUCAGCAUUCGGGCAACUCCUCCAUUUCCAUUUGGAAAAAUGCCAGCGUCUGCAUGAAAAUGAAACACGUUCGAGUGGCUGGCCGUGUCCGCUUUUGGUUUUGUUUUUGGUAGUCUUGUCCCCUCGACAUUCCGUAACAAAAUUUGUAGAUCAGUACAAAGAAAUAAGCAAUCGAAAGUGUAAAUUGUGCCUUAAAACUGAAUUAAGUGUUCGAACUCGAAUAAUUUUAAUAUCACAGACUAUAUCUAACGUCCGUCCAAUGGGUAGUCUACUUUAUAUUAUGUAUCUAUCAUAGUGAUAAGUGCCUUGAGAAAAUCGCAAAACUUUACAACAUUCUUUUUUAGCCUAAUGUAUAGAUUUUAAGUGACAAAUAAUUCUAAAGUAAUACAUAUACACAUUGUUCAAAUAUAUGAUUUUGUAGUAAAAACAA